GUUCUUAAGGAACGCCUUCCUCCCGAGCUAAAGGGACAUGCAGCUGGCUGUGCUUCGCAGCAGCUCGGAGGAGUGGAAGUGAGUCUAAGGCAGGAAGCCAGCCCCCAACUCAGGACGCUGAAGAAAGAGCCAUGAACUGCUUCAGGACUCCGCCAAGCAACUCUUGGGUUUACCCCACUGUGAUACUCUGCUUAUUUGGAUUUUUCUCCAUGUUCAGGCCCUCCGAAUCAUUCUUAAUCCCAUUUUUGUCUGAACCCAGUAAGAAUCUAACCAAAACAGAGAUAACCAAUGAGGUCCUUCCCGUUUGGACAUACUCCUACCUGGCAACGCUGCCCCCUGUGUUCAUCCUCACCGAUUACCUGCGCUACAAACCAGUCAUCAUGUUACACGCCAUUGCCUUCAUCAUUUGCUACCUGCUUCUCUUGUUUGGCCAAGGGGUAAUGCUCAUGCAGGCGGCUGAGUUCUUCUUUGGGAUCGUCUCAUCCACAGAGAUAGGCUACUAUUCCUACAUCUAUAGCAUGGUCAGCCCAGAGCACUACCAGAAGGUGAGCAGCUACUGUCGGAGUGUCACGCUGGUGGCCUACACAGCUGGUUCGGUGCUGGCCCAGCUCCUGGUAUCCCUGGCAACCCUGCCAUACUUUUACCUCUUUUACAUAUCCUUGGCCUGUGUCUCUGUGUCCUUAUUUUUCUCACUUUUUCUACCAAUGCCUAAGAAGAGCAUGUUUUUCCAUACAAAGUAUGAGAGAGAAGCCCGUCAAAAGCCACUGGAACAAGAUACUGUCCUUGAGGAAGCCCAGAAGAACCACAAGGCAGCUCACCCAGAAUUGCAUGCCCCUUCAGGAAAGCCAGGGGACAGAGAGCUGAGCAACCCAGAGCCAAAAAAUGUGGCUUUGAGACCCUUUGUGCAUUGGUUCCAAGAUCUGAAGGAGUGCUACUCCUCAAAGCACCUUUUUUACUGGUCCCUGUGGUGGGCUUUUGCGACAUCAGGUUAUAACCAAGUCUUAAACUAUGUUCAAGUCUUAUGGGAACACAAAGCACCCUCCCAAGACUCUUCCAUCUAUAAUGGAGCAGUAGAGGCUAUUGCAACAUUUGGAGGAGCGUUGGCGGCUUUCUCAGUGGGCUACGUGAAGGUCAACUGGGAUCUCCUAGGAGAGCUGGGUCUAGCCAUCUUCUCGGCCAUCAUCUCCGGCGCUCUGUUUCUCAUGAAUUACACGCUCAGCAUCUGGGUGUGCUAUGCGGGCUAUUUACUGGUCAAGGCUAGCUAUAUGUUUCUUAUAACCAUAGCAGUGUUUCAGAUUGCCGUUAACCUGAGCGUAGAGCGUUAUGCCCUGGUGCUUGGCAUAGACACCUUUAUUGCUUUGGUGAUUCAAGCCAUCAUGACUGUGAUUGUGGCAGAUAAAAGAGGGCUCCACUUGCAAAUCACCACUCAGUUUUUAGUUUAUGGAAUUUACUUUGCUAUCAUUGCCGGGGUCUUCCUAAUGAGAAGCAUAUACAUUAUCUACUCAGCCAAGUGCCAAAAGGAAGUAGAGAGCCUUGCUGCCACUCAGAGUCCUAAUGAGCCACACCCACAAGAGACAAAGUUCUAACCCAAUCACAUCAACUCCAAUUUUAAAAGGGUAGGAUUUCAAGAUGGGCCACCAGACGUGCUUUGCCACACCCAGACACUUGGCCAGUAUGGAUUCUAAAACCACAACCAAACCUCAGUCUCAGGCUAGAUGUCUUUCUACCCAGCUAAUUCCAAGCACUCCAUAUAGGCCACCACAACUGUAUUAUACUUUCGUUAUGCUAUGACAAAAUACCUACCAAAAAGCAACUGAAGAGAGGAACUCAAUUCGUUGUGGUUCACAGUUGGGGGCGGGGUGUACCUUCCAUUGUGGAAGGGAAAGCAUGUCUGCAGCAGAAAGAAGCUACUGGACACAUUCCAUCUGCAAUCAGAAAGAAGAGAACAGUGUUCAGACCACGUUCUCCUUUUCAGUCAACAUAGCACCCCAGCCAGGGCGGGUGGCACCACCCACAUUUAAGAUGAGUCUUCUCACCUCAGUGAUCCUAAUAAAGAUAAUCCCUCACAGAUAUUCAAAGAGGCUUUACACAUCUUCAGUGACUCUAGGUCCUCUCAAGGUGACAAUAUCAACUAUCAAUAUUAACAGCUGAGCAAGCCUCGUUGGGAACCCCCAUGAAUAACAAUAACUUGGAAAUGCUAAAGUUCUGAUGCGUUCUGAGAACAAGCAAAGGGCAUGGGAACAAGCCAUGAAGAGACAUAAGCCUCCUAGAAAUGAUGAUCCCUGAGUGAGCACUUAUACCAACAAGACUGACCUGGAGUUGACUUACAUACGUCGAGGAUCUAAAAAGGCAGCACCUGGGACCAUUUCCUUCCUCUUCCAUUAAGCAGACUUCUGUUUUAAUUACAGCUGUCUGAAAGAAUGACUAGGUUUACACCCGUUUCUGAGAGUCCCUCUUCCACUCUGAAAAUACCGUCAUCCUUUUCACAAGUUGUUACUGGACAGUCUCACGGAUGUCAUUUUUUCAUCGUGUGGUCCCUUCUGGACUUUGUAUUGGAACUCUCCUCCAGAGAUCACUCCAGAUGCUCUUGUGUGUGCUUGGAAUGCCCUCACAUCAGUUCCCAAUGGCCUGGGAGAGAUGAUGAGCCUUCUUCCCACCGUGACCCUGGAGAUAAGUGUUUGAUUGAUGAGUGUAGAACAUUUCUGAAGGAAAUUCCAGAGUUUUCCAGCAAUUUUCAUACAUAAGAAAACACUUGUAGAAAUUAAAUACUAAUUGUUUAAUUUAUUUUUAUGUUUGGUGCUAAGGCUCAAACCAGGGCCUCACAUAUGCCAGAGAAAUACUCUGCCACUAAGGUAGAUCAACCCUUGGGCCCAUGCCUAAUUUUUAAAUGGCAAAGAUUAUGUUCAAUAAAAUAUUAAAAUUUUAAAAGAAUCCAAAUUUAUGAAUUUCUCUGAGUGUUGUCUAAGAAUUUCUGCCAUUUGAAAUGCAGUGGAGUAUUUAUUGAGCAAUCUGCUACAGGAGAAAAAAGAAUACUGAUCUAGGAUUUGUAAUUUAAAUAUAUUUUAUUCCAAAUUUUAAAAUCCAUUCAAUGGGAUUGAAAAUAAAAUUUAUCCCAAAGGCCUAAACAGCAAUAUCUCCUUAACUGGUACUUUUUUUUUUUGUAAUUUGGGUACCUAUAGACAGCCACUCUCCAGAACUAUUAAGUGGGAAGUUCUAGAAAUAAACAGUACAUAAUUUAAACUGCAUACUGUUCUGACAGGCACAAGUGGAAGCUCACUAUCCAUUCUGUCCGGUCUGGGUGUGUCCAUGCUACUCACUUAAUAGUUGCAUCAUGGUCUUCUCAGUUUUCAAGUCAACUGUGGUCUUAUCUGAGCACUCAUGUUCAAAUAAACUUUAUUUUUCUUAAAGCUAGAGUAGCGAUGCUGGGAAUGAAGUCAUGCAAAAGAGACACUGACCAUUAUAGGUGUAUGCAUAAGUAAAAACAGAGUAUAUGCAGGUUCCAUUACUGCCCAUGGUUUCAGCAUCCACUAGAAGUCAUGAAAAAGUAACAACAAACCUACCUAGAUGCAAGGGAUGUGCUCUAAUUAACAGACUUCUACUGGAGAUGCUAGACAGUGCAAUAAGACAAGAAAAAAAAUUAGGAGUCAAACAUUGAAAAAGAAGAAAAAUUACUCCAAAAACUACAAGGACACACCCAAGAGGCUCAAGUGAAAACUGAGACACCAACAACUUUUGUACAGCUGUUUUUAUGACAUGAUUGGUAAAGAUCCAUUUAUAGUAGGGCAAAAUGGUAAACAUUUACUCUAUAAAUGUAUAAAGCACAGAAAUAGGCCUGAAAAUACUUGAAGGUAAAGGAAAUGACAGCUAAAUGUAUAGAAAGUUGUCCUUUGUUCUUGAUUUGGAAGAAAAAAAUGCAAAGAUGUAAGACCUUUCUAAAUCAAUUAUAAACUAAAUGCUAUCCUUAUGGAAAAAUAUAACAUAUUUUCCUCCAGAACUAGUAAAAGUAAUUAUUUGAAAAAUAAAAAAGAACUAGGUAGGUCGUAGCCCUA